AUGGCGUCCAAAAUCACGCUCACCGUGGAACCACGGGGCAAGUCCAUUCGUAGGCUCCCCAAGCAGCUCACAAUUGCUCUCAAUGCAUCUGGCGAGGAUCUCCACAACAUGCUGGCUGAGGUCUCCGGAUCCUCUGUCCACCGCCUGCGCAUCACCAAGGGAAGUGACCGCAGCGUGGUCCCCAAUUCCAAGGGCACCACCAUCGAUGAGACUGGCCUCCGCGAGUCGAGCGUCAUUCAUAUCAAGGACUUGGGACCCCAGAUCGCCUGGCGUACCGUCUUCAUUAUCGAGUACCUUGGCCCUCUCCUGAUCCCCGCGCUUUUCCUCUUCCCCCUCCGUCCGCUGCUGUACUUCAACUUCGACAAGCUCCCAGACCCCUCCGACACGCAACUCCUGGUCUGCGCUCUCCUUACCCUGCAUUUCCUGAAACGUGAGUAUGAGACCGUCUUUGUGCACCGCUUCAGCAAUGCCACCAUGCCUGCCCGGAACAUCUUCAAGAACAGCGCUCACUACUGGGCCCUGGCUGGUUUCAACAUCGCCUACUGGGUCUUCCGUCCUGACGCCGCAGCUGCCUCUGCUGAACCCAAUACGGCCCUCGUGUACGCUGGUCUUGCCCUGUUCGCUUUCGGCGAGUUCUUCAACUUCAAUGCUCACCUGAUUCUGCGUGAUCUCCGUCGUCCCGGCACUACUGAGCGUGGUAUUCCUCGGGGCUUUGGUUUCAACCUGGUUACCUGCCCUAACUAUAUGUUCGAGAUCCUUGCUUGGCUGGGCAUCUACCUGGUUAGCCAGUUGAACUGGAGCGUCAUCAUCUUCACUCUGGUCGGUGGUCUGCAGAUGUGGAGCUGGGCCUGGAAGAAGGAGAUUCGCUACCGCAAGGACUUUGGCGACAAGUACAAGAAGAAGCGCACCGUCCUGCUGGCUGGUCUCUGCUAA